AUGAACGGCGGUCCCGCUGGUUUCAACAAUGCGCCAGUCACAAGAGCGUUCGUCAUUUCUUCUACCCUCUUCACCCUCUUCUUUGGGAUCCAGGGAAGGUCUGCCAAGUUCGGAUUGUCCUACCAGGAUAUUUUUGGGAAGCUCCGUAUACUAAAGCUGAUUGCCUCAGUAUUUUCCUUUUCAUCAACGCCAGAACUGUUGUUUGGACUUGGUCUUUUGUAUUACUUUAGGGUUUUUGAGAGGCAGAUUGGAUCAAACAAGUAUUCAGUGUUUAUAUUGUUUUCUACGAUUGGUUCGUUGCUCUUCGAGGCCCUUGCCCUGUCACUUCUGAAAGAUCCAACUCUGAACUUGCUUACAUCUGGACCUUAUGGCCUCAUUUUCGCUUCAUUUGUGCCCUUCUUCUUUGACAUUCCUGUAUCAACAUGGUUUCGUGUCUUUGGCAUCCGCUUCUCCGAUAAGUCGUUCGUAUAUCUUGCUGGUCUGCAGCUUCUGUUAUCAUCUUGGAAAAGAUCCCUCAUACCUGGAAUCUGUGGCAUCCUUGCUGGCUCCUUGUACCGUCUAAACCUCUUCGGUAUCCGGAAAGCAAAGUUCCCUGAAUUCAUGGUUACAUUUGCCUCCCGAUUUUCUUGGCCAUCUACUGGGAGUCCACGUGGUCCAACAACAAGGGUCAAUGGCACAGCACCAAUUGUUCCAUCAUACGCAGGUCGCCGUGUGGAGAGAACAUAUCCUACCCCACCAGUCCCUUCUUCGGUAGAACCAUCAGAGUCCGCAAUCGCCACAUUAGUUUCCAUGGGCUUCGACAGCAACUCGGCAAGACAGGCACUUGUGCAGGCUAGGAACGACGUCAAUGCUGCUACCAACAUCCUUCUCGAAGCCCAAUCUCACUGA